AUGCCCAGACCCCGGCCGCCCGUUGCCGCUGCGACAACCUGCGAGCGCAGCCAUGAUCCCAGCCUCCAGAACUCACCUGCCGCAUUUCAGUUCGCCUCGUCCGAUGACCUGAAUUGGUUCUCCACGCAUAACUGCACCACAAUUGGCGAUGAUAUUACUCUGCUGGGAAGCUUCAACGGAUCACUCUCUCUCCCCAAUGUCACCAGUAUUAACGGAGUCAUUACCUAUACCGCCCCUACCGAGACGUUUGAACUCACGUCGAUCUCGCUGCCGGACGUGCUGUACCUGGGAGGCAUUAACGUUCAUCUCCCAAGUAGUCAAGAGAUAAUAGAGGUAUCUGCCCCCAAAGCGACUGCCGUCGGCACGAUCAAUCUGGCCGUACUUUCGACCGCCGCAGUAGACUUUCGGUCGUUGAAACAAGCGACGAGUAUCUCGCUGGCGGGGAACUACUCGAGUGUGAGACUUGACUCUUUGGAGCAAGUCAAUGGCAAUCUCAGCAUACUGGGGUCUGAUACCAUCGCCACGAAUUACUCCGAUAAUGAGGCCCACGGUCAACUCCCGCUCAGCUUUCCUGCCCUGAAAUAUGCGACUUUUAUCCGGUUCUCGGGAGUGAUUACGGAAUUCUCGAUGCCUGUCCUCGAAACGGCCAACAUCCAAACAAGAGAAUAUCUUGGCCCAUCGGGAGUUUCGAUUCAUAACUACGGUGCGACUGUAGAUCUGGAUCUACCAAAGCUACGCUCAGUCGGCGAUAUGCUCGAUCUCCAGGGUGCAAUAUCCAAUAUCUCUCUGGACUCCCUACAGUCAAUCCAGGGCAACAUCACUGUCAACUCUUCAUCCUACCUAGAAGUCAAUUUCACCAGUUUAUAUUCCGCGGAGACCAUCCAGCUGAAUGGAAACAUCACAAGUGCCGGAUUUCCCUCCCUCACCGGGGUCAGCCGCAUCACGAUCAACACCACGGACCCCAUUGACUGCAGUUCCUUCCAGCGCGCCAUCCAGAGAGCAGCCCCGGCUUCCAACUCCACCUGCAACGGGACAGGAAUGACAGGAGUGACAAGCACGAGCGGGCGAGGGUUGAGCACUCGCGCAAAGGUGGGGAUCGCAAUUGGGGUGAGUAUCGCCGGAAUAAUCAUUGUGGGGUUGAUCAUCUGGUAUGAGCAGACGAUGGCCAGGAAUUAUAAAGCGCGCGCCGGGUUCCACUGGGGGUCACAGAUUCCGCUGCAGGACAGGUCGAGGAGGAGAAGUGCGCCGGAGGAUGACCCGCCGCCGCCGUAUUCGUUGCAUCCGCCUCCUAACUGA